CUUCCCUCCCCCUCUCAACCCCUCCACCCCCGCGCGUGGACCGCCGAUUCCGACUGCCGCCCGAACGCGUCGCCUCCCACUGACAUCCCCCGCACAACUCUGACCGCACGCGAGCGCGACUUGUACCCGGCAAUACCACCGACAAUAACAACAACGCCCACCCCAUGACCGACGCCGCCCUGUCGCCGGCCAUGGCUCAGCAAGCUCCCUCCCCAGCACAGGUGUCCACGCCUGGUGCUGGUGCUUCUCCAUUUCCUGUCAGGCCGGGCAUGCCUGGACAGCCACCAUACUCUGUGAUGCUCGACGACGAGAGCAAACGCCAGUUGAUUCUCAACAUGGAUCCCCAGCGCGUCAACACCCUGCGUAAACGCGUCGCCGAGCUUCAGGCUGGCGGGCAUACGAGGGAGACGUCUAACGAGAUGGCGCGCUCACUCAUGAUCCUUUCUUUGCACCAACGCGCAAUGCAGAUGGAGAGUGAGAAGAAGAAGGUCCAGGACGGCAAUGAUGCCCCACCUGCCGCCCCAAGCCCAACACCACAUCAACAACAGGGUCAGCAUGUUGCGCUCACGCCGGCGCAGAUCGCGCAGGUUCGCUCCCAGGCCCAGUCCUAUCACCUUCUCUCGCGCAAUCAGCCCGUGCCCGCGUAUCUCCAGCAGGCCGCGCAGGGGUCUCAGCCAUCCACUCCGUCAUCCGCCACACUUGAGAAUAAGGUCGCAGACAAGACCGUCGAGGCGGUUGUCGAGGCCAGCCUCCCAAAUGAGGCGCCAUACGCCAUGGAGUUUGACCAGUCUUCCAUCAUCUACCCAUACAACGCAUACAUCCACCCUUCAGUGUACGCGAAUCGCAAGUUUGAUGAGGAAAUCACACACCCGCAGACCAAGCUGCAGCGGAUGCUGGUGCCGUCAAUCGCACCGCGUGGCCUCGACCCAAACAUUCUUAUGGAGGAGCGCAACCGCUUUGUCGAGACGCGCAUGGCGUGGCGCAUGAAGGAGCUUGAGGAGCUCAACUCGACUACCGGGCUUGGUACGCCAGGUGCGGCCGAUGUGCCCGGCGUGACAGACGAGGCUUCGCUCCCCGACGCCAAGCUUGGGGUUGCAGCUCGCAUUGAGCUCCUGAGCCUGCGUCUCGUUGGCAAGCAGCGGCUUCUCCGUGAGGACCUCGUGCGAGCGAUGCAUGGCUCGACGCAGAUCCCCGCCGACCGCUCCCAGUUCCGUCGAUUCCGCACGCACACCCUCCGUGACGCGCGUGCGACUGAAACCGCGGAGCGUCGCCAGCGUACGGAGCGCGAGCAGCGUGGCAAGCAGCGUCACCUCGCGUACAUUAACUCUAUCAUCGAGCACGGGCAGAACGUCAUCAACGCUGGCUCGACCAGCCACCGCGGAGCCGGCGCGGACAAGAUGAAGCGCCUUGGUAAGGCUGUCCUGCGUAUGCACAGCGAGAUCGAGAAGGAGGAGCAGCGUCGUGUCGAGCGUCUUGCCAAGGAGCGUCUCAAGGCGCUUAAGAAUGACGACGAGGACGCCUACCUCGCCCUGCUCGGCGAGGCCAAGGAUUCUCGUAUCGGGCAUCUGCUCCAGCAGACUGACCAGUUCUUGGAGACGCUCGCGGCUGCGGUCGUCGACCAGCAAAACGACGCCGUCCACCGCGACGAGGUUCCCAUGGCCCUCCCCUUCGAGGUUGAGGAGGGUCCAGCGUCCGAGGCCAUGUUCGGCGCGCGUCGUCAGGACGGCGAGGAAGACGAUGCGGAGCGCAAGUCCGGCAAGGUCGACUACUACGCUGUCGCCCAUCGUAUUCAGGAGAAGGUCACGAGGCAGGCCUCGCUCCUUACAGGUGGCACGCUCAAGGACUACCAGGUUAAGGGUCUUCAGUGGAUGAUCUCGCUGUACAACAACCGCUUGAACGGUAUUCUCGCCGACGAGAUGGGUCUCGGAAAGACCAUCCAGACCAUUUCCCUUAUUACCUACCUCAUCGAGAAGAAGCACUCGCCGGGGCCAUUCCUCGUCAUUGUGCCUUUGUCUACUCUUACGAACUGGACGCUUGAGUUUGAGCGCUGGGCUCCGGCCGUGCGCACUCUUAUUCUUAAGGGCUCACCUGCCGUCCGUCGUGAACUGUACCCUAGGAUUCGCGCGGGCGACUUCCAGGUCUGCCUGACGACAUACGAGUACAUUAUAAAGGAGCGUCCAUUGCUCGCCAAGAUCAAGUGGGUUCACAUGAUCAUCGAUGAGGGUCACCGUCUCAAGAAUAUCAAGUCGAAGCUCUCCCAGACGCUCAACGAGUACUACUCGACACGGUACCGUCUUAUUCUCACGGGUACCCCGUUGCAGAACAACCUGCCCGAGCUGUGGGCGCUGCUCAACUUCGUUUUGCCUAAGAUUUUCAACUCGGUCAAGUCGUUUGACGAGUGGUUCAACGCGCCGUUCGCCAACACGGGCGGUCAGGAGAAAAUGGAGAUGAACGAAGAAGAGGCCCUCCUCGUCGUCAAGCGUCUUCACAAGGUUCUGCGUCCCUUCCUCCUGCGUCGUCUCAAGAAGGACGUCGAGUCUGAGCUGCCCGACAAGGUUGAAAAGGUCAUCUACACGAAGAUGUCCGCUCUGCAGUGGAAGCUGUACGAGAGCGUCAAGAAAUACAAAACACUCCCGACCGACUUGUCAUCAGGAAAGCCCCGUCGCCAGGCGAACCUCCAGAACGCCAUCAUGCAGCUCCGCAAAAUCUGCAACCAUCCCUUCGUGUUCCGCGAGGUCGACGAGGACUUCUCGGUCGGCAAUCACGUCGAUGAACAGAUUGUACGCACGGCCGGCAAGUUCGAGCUGCUGGACCGCAUUCUGCCUAAGCUUUUCGCGACCGGUCACAAGGUCCUUAUCUUCUUCCAGAUGACUGAGAUCAUGUCGAUUAUCGCCGAUUACUUCGACUACCGUGGGUGGAAGUACUGCCGUCUCGACGGUUCCACCAAGGCCGAUGAGCGCCAGCAGUUGCUGUCAACGUUCAACGACCCCGAUUCGCCAUACCAGGUCUUCAUCCUCUCGACCCGUGCCGGUGGUCUGGGUCUCAACCUGCAGUCCGCAGACACUGUCAUUAUCUACGAUACCGACUGGAACCCUCACGCCGACUUGCAGGCGCAGGACCGUGCCCACCGUAUCGGUCAGAAGAAGGAGGUACGCGUGUUGCGUCUCAUCUCGAGUGGCACUGUCGAGGAGCUUGUGCUGCAGCGAGCGCAGGCGAAGCUCGAGAUCGACGGCAAGGUUAUUCAGGCUGGUAAAUUCGACGACAUCACGACCAACGCCGAGUACGAGGCAUACAUUGCCAAAGCAUUCGAGCAGGCCGCCGACGAGGAUGAGGAGGAGACAAAUGAGUUGGACGAUGAGGAGUUGAACGAGCUUCUCGCGCGCGGUGACGAGGAGCUCUCCAUCUUCCAGCGCAUGGAUCGGGAGCGCUUGGAGAACAAGGCGGCUGACUGGAAGGAGGCGGGCAACAAGGGCCCACUGCCGCCCCCACUCAUGCAGGAGUCGGAGCUGCCGCCGUUCUACCGUCGCGACAUUGGCCAGGAGAUGGCAGAGCAGAUUGCCUUGAAGGACGAGGAGGGCCGCGGACGCCGUGCCAAAGCCGAUGUACGGUACACGGACGGUCUUACCGACGACCAGUUCAUCAACGCGCUGGAGGACAGCGAUGACGACAUCGAAUCGGCUGCGGAGCGCAAGCGCGCGAGAGCGGAACGCAAGGCGGAGCGCAAGCGCCAAAACGAGGUGCUUGCGCAGGCGGAGGCCGAGGGCAAGCCUCUGUCGUCGGUCAUUACUACCCUCAAGGCUGAGGCAGCUGAGGGGCCCGGCGCCAUAAAGAAGAAGCGCGGGCGGCCGAGCAAGAGCGCGACCCCAGGGCUGGGUGAUGAGACGCCCCAGAAACGUCGCAAGGUGAACGCGGCCAACGCGCGCACUCCUGAAGAGCGGCAAAUGGUCAAGAAGCUGUUCGAGGAGGUCAAUAGUCUUGUCGAUGACGGGACGGGCGAGCACUGGAACGUCUACUUCCUUUCGCCAGUCGACCGCAAGAUCUACCCGGACUACUACACGAUCAUCCAGCAGCCUAUCGCAAUGUCGCAGAUCAAGCGCAAGUUCUCGCAGCCCACAUACGGCUUGAACGAGCUCACCACGGACCUGCGCCUCCUGUGGGCUAACGCACGAACGUACAACACUGAGGGCUCGUGGGUGUACAACGCUGCAGAUGCGAUGGAGAGCUACUACGACCGGCGCCUCGCGGAGGAGCUGCCCAAGUUCCCAUCCGCAGAAGCGGCAGGUGGCACAGAGGAGACGACGCCCGCGGCCAGCGGCACCAGCACGCCAAUGUACAAGGGCCCGGCGCUCAGCACGAAAAUCAAGCUCAACGUCGGUGCCGCACGUCGUCACGAAAUGGUCGACAGCGACGCGUCGCCGGCGCCACCUGCGGACGACGAUGACGAUGACGACGACGACGACGACUACUAAGCGCCGCCGCGUCUGUGUCAUGUCGUAACAGGGUUGUUGACAGUAGAAGAGGUCUGUAUACUUCAAACUUCAUAUGUAUUUGUGUGCUCCUAGACGCGGUCCAUGUGCCCUGUAUGCUAUGACUUGCGCAC